CUCCUUCUGUGUUGCAGGUGCGUGCGGUGCUGUGCCACGUCCUCCCAGACGAUGCCCCUCUGCCGCCCCGGCUCGUCGCGCGUCUCCGGGCCGGGCUCUCCCUGAGGAUGGCGCCGUGAGACGGCCCCCCCGUCGGGCCCGCGCAGCGGAAGAGGGUGCGGGCGCCGCGGCCCGCGUCGUCGCCAUGGAUCGCGGCCGAGAGGCGGAGGCGGAGCUGAGGAGGGGGCCCAGCCCCCCGCGGGCCGGCCGCAGCGGCCACGAGGCGGACGGCGACAGGGCCGCGUGCCACAGCUGCUGCAUCUGCGGCAAGAGCUUCCCCUUCCAGAGCUCGCUGUCCCAGCACAUGCGCAAGCACACGGGGGAGAAGCCCUACAAGUGCCCGUACUGCGACCACAGGGCGUCCCAGAAGGGCAACCUCAAGAUCCACAUCCGGAGCCACCGCACGGGGACCCUGAUCCAGGGGCACGAGCCGGAGGCGGGCGAGACGCAGCUGGGCGAGCUGCGCGUGUCCGAGGGCCUGGACGGCUGCACCAGCCCCACCAAGAGCGCGUCGGCCUGCAACCGCAUGCUGAACGGGGGGGCGGCGCCGGCGGACGGCGGCAAGAUCCUGCUGCGGAGCAGCCGCAAGGAGGCCGAGGAGGGCGAGGCCGCGGCCCGGUGCUCCCUCUGCAAGAGCCGGUUCGAGCGGAAGAAGGACCUGGAGCUGCACGUGCAGCAGACGCACCGGCCCUUCAAGUGCCGGCUGUGCAGCUACGUGGCCCUGCGCGAGGAGUCGCUGCUGGGCCACAUCGAGCGGGACCACAUCACGGCGCAGGUGCCCCACGGCGGCGGGGCGUGCGGGGAGGGCGGCAAGCCCGAGCUGAGCCCCGGCGAGUUCCCCUGCGAGGUGUGCGGCCAGGCCUUCAGCCAGACCUGGUUCCUGAAGGCGCACAUGAAGAAGCACCGCGGCUCGUUCGACCACGGCUGCCACAUCUGCGGCCGGCGGUUCAAGGAGCCCUGGUUCCUCAAGAACCACAUGAAGGCGCACGGCCCCAGGUCGGGGAGCAAGAACAGGCCCAGGAGCGAGCUGGACCCCGUGGCCACCAUCAACGACGUGGUGCAGGAGGAGGUGGUGGUCGCGGGCCUGUCCCUCUACGAAGUCUGCACCAAGUGCGGGAACCUGUUUACAAACCUGGACAGCUUGAACGCGCACAACGCCAUCCACCGCGGGGUGGAAGCCGGCCGGACGCGAGCCCCGGCCGGGGAGGGGGCCCAGGAGGGCCCCCCGGACGCCCAGCAGCUCUUCCUGCGGCGCCUGAACCUGAGGCCCUCCGCGCCCGCCGACGCGGCCCCCGGCGGGCAGGCCGGGCGGCGGGUGGCCGAGCUCGACCCCGUCAACAGCUACCAGGCCUGGCAGCUGUCCACGCGGGGCAAGGUGGCCGAGCCCGCCGAGUUCCUCAAGUACGGGAGCUGGGACGAGGCGCCGGCGGGGGACGUGGCCUUCGACAAGGACCGGCGCGAGUACGUCCUGGUGAGCCAGGAGAAGCGCAAGCGGGAGCAGGACGCGCCGGCCGCGCAGGGGCCCCCCCGGAAGAGGGCCGGCGCGCCCGGCGACCCGCCGCUCCCCGGCCCCCCGGACCCCCGGCCGGCCGUGCGCCCCAGCCGCCGGGCCGCCGCCCCCACGGGCCACGGCAAGUCCUCCGAGUGCUUCGAGUGCGGCAAGAUCUUCCGCACCUACCACCAGAUGGUGCUGCACUCGCGCGUGCACCGCCGCGCCCGCCGGGACCGCGACCGCGAGGCCGAGGGCGACCGCGCCGCCUGCGUCCGCUGCAGCUCGCUCAGCGAGGGGGACUCGGCCUCCCAGCCCAGCAGCCCCGGCUCCGCCUGCGCCCUGGCCGACUCGCCGGGCUCCGGCCUGGCCGACGAGGCCGUGGAGGACAGCAGCGAGGAGGCCGCGCCGGAGCCCGCGCCAGGAGGACGGUCACGGCGCUGUUGCUUUUCGGAGGAGGUAGCAUCGGCCGUGCUCUCCGGCGGCGACGAGGGUCCCCGGCUCGGGAGUAGCGCGCUGGAGAGAGGCGGCCGGGACUCGAAGGCGGGGAUAGCGGCCUCCUCGGUGCCCGCGCCGGAGAACAGCAGCAGAGCCGCGUCCAGGCGUCCCGACCAGCACAGACUCGCGCUUGACCUCAAGGUGCCAGCCUUCCGCCCCCCGCAGGAAGCGCUGGGGGCCGGCCACGGGGACCGCCCUACCGGCGCCCCGGGGACCGCCGCGGAGAGCCCCGCCGCGCCCCCGAAGGACAAGCUGCCCGAUCCGCCGGGCAAGGAGCAGCCUGGGGGGGCCCGAGGGGCGCCCACCCCGGACGGGGCCCCUCUGGACUUGAGCAGGAAGUCGGGCCGCGACGACCCCUGCCCCGGGGAUGGGGGGCCCUCCCUGCAGGCGGCGCUGGUGGUGCACCCCUGCCCGUACUGCGCCCACAAGACCUACUACCCCGAGGUGCUGUGGAUGCACAAGCGGGUCUGGCACCGGGUGGGCGGCGCGGCGGGGCCGCCCUGGGUGCAGCCCAACGGCUUCCGCAGCAUCCGGAGCAGCCUGGUGUUCCUGGCCCGCAGCGGGCGCACUGGCCCCCCGCCCGCCCUCGGGGGCAAGGAGUGCCAGCCCCUGCUCCUCACCCGCUUCACCCGCACGCAGGUGCCCGGUGGGGUCCCGGGGCCCAAAGGCAGCUCCCCGCCCCUGGGGGCGACCACGAAAGCCACCGGCCUGCCCAAGAGCAAGGAGAGCCAUUCCGCCGGCCCCUGUGCCCUGUGGGCCUCGGGGCCCGACGGGCAUCGACAGACCAGACCCGGCCACGGCCAGGAGACGCCCGGUGCCACCGGGCAGGGACCCCCGGCGAAGCCCAAACCCGAGGCCGGCUCCAAGCCCGUCCCGCCGCCCGCGGGCUGCGGGGGCCCCGGCAGAAGCGCCACCCCGACCCCGUCCGUCAUCACCCGGGUGGGGGCCCCGCCGCCCGCGGCCAACAGCAAGCCGGCAGAGAAGUUUGGGGUCCUCCCCACGGGGACGAGCUUCGGUCCCCCCAAUAAGCACAGCGGCCUGGACUCUCUGAAAGCCAGAUUCAGCCCGCAGCCUCAGGGUCCGCCUCCCGUGAAAGGCGAAGGGGGCCCGCCUCUCCUUCCCCGGGAGCCCCCCUCCCGGGAGCCCAGGACGCCGCCCACCUGCGCCCCAGGGCCCAGAGGGGACGGCACGGCGCAGGGGCAGCCCGGCGUGCCGGCGACGCCCGCGUUACCCUCCAUCAAGCCGGAGCCCGUGGCCGAGGGCCAGGAGAGGCGUCUGGACAUCCUGAGCAUCUUCAAGACGUACAUUCCAAAGGACUUUGCCACGCUCUACCAGGGCUGGGGGGGCAGCAGCCCUGGGCCGGAGCACAGAGGGGACAGGCCGUGCCCGCCCAGGGACUGUGCUGACAGAGCCCCUCAGAAAGGGGACCUGGAGGUGUGCCUCCCUCGCCCUGGGGCCCGGGACGGCAUGGGCGGGGACCGCGCGGGGGUCCCCGCGGCCUCGCUGCCCUGAGCGCCUCCGCCGAGGAGGAAGAGCCGCGCCUCCGCCCCGACGCCCCAGCCCGGAGCCGCGGC